UGCAGUUAUAUACAAUAAAUUGUUCUAAUAAGAAAAUCUAUAUCUAUCUAUCUAUCUAUCUAUAUAUGUCUAUCAACAUAACACGGCACAGCUUAUACCACAAACUAUACAUCUGAUUGGAAUGUGAAAUAACUCGUAAGAGUCGAGCAAGGAGGGAAGUCGGCGAGGAUAGGUCCAUCUUGUGAUUUAUCGCACAACAGUGAAAAAACAGGAAGCAUGGCCGGCUGACCUCAAACGCUAUCACGAACGGAACGUAUGGUGAAAACGAUAAUGCUGCUUCGAGAUUAGUGGUGCCGCAAAAGAAGAAGAAGUAGAAAAGCAUCCACACGGAAUGAAAUGGACUAACUUGACGAACGAGAACCGUUUGAUGCGCGAUGGGAACCGGACUUCGAUUUCGCAUGCGCCACGUGUUUUACUGUCUGCUGACUGUGACCUUCGUGUUGUUCUGUGUCUUGACACUCCCAAUAAAACUGUGCUGUACACAGCGAGGACACACCGUCCAAUCCGGACCUCACAUUCGUAAGUUUCCAGAAAGGGCGUGGAGAAACACCAGCCAGAAGAUCAUUCUUCGAUGGACUAAAUUCUUCAAUGACCAAACUUGGGCAACUAAAGGUGAUCUCCGAGGCUGCAGAGUCAACAAGUGCAUACUGACCGACGACAAGAGAAACCUGGAAAGCGCCGAUGCCGUCCUCUUCCACGUCGAUGCCAUGUUCAAUUCGUUGAUGGAAAUAACAUGGCCGCGGCGUAGGAGUCCGGACCAGGUUUGGGUUCUGCAGAACAUGGAGGCUCCUCCUCAAAUCCCUCUCGACAUGGAACGGCUCGGUGGCCUGUUCAACUGGACAGCUUGGUACAGGUUCGACUCCGAUAUACCCGUGGCUUACGGCGGAUAUAAGAAAUGGUCCGAUAACUCGUCGCAUGAUUUCGCUUCUGAGAGACCGAAACUCGCAGCAUGGCUGUCUAGCAAUUGUUAUGACUACGUAAGAAGGAUGUUGAUCAUUCGAGAGGUAAAGAAACAUCUUCCUUUGGAGACGUACGGCCAGUGUGGCGAUAAUCAAUGCCAGGCAAGCGUGUGCAGUGACAAGCUUUCCCGAUAUAAAUUUUACUUCGCAAUAGAGAACAGCAUUUGCCAAGAUUAUGUCACUGAAAAGUUUUGGGAAGCGUUAAGACGCAAGCAGGUGCCAGUGGUGAUGGGAGGGGCGCGGUACAAAGAAUUGGCGCCCCCUCAUUCUUAUGUAGACAUAACUGAUUUCAAGGACAUUAAAAUUUUAACAAACUUUUUGAUAAACUUAAGUAAAGACGACAAAGAAUACAAUAAGUAUUUAGAGUGGACCAAGUUAUAUAAAAUAUAUGGCUGGGAAGAAACAUGGCGGAUGUUUUGGUGUGAUUUAUGUGAAGCCCUUCAUGAUAAAUCGCGACCAGCACAGGUGUAUGAGGAUCUGAAUGGCUGGUUUACAGAAAACACCGUGAAGUGCCCCCAAUGGACUCUAAAAAGCCAGCUAGGUCGGUUGGUAGAUGGAUUUCGGAUCAGAUGGGGAUUGCUAUAAUGGAUGGAAACACAGCGAAGAAUAAUUCUUGUGUCAAAUCAAAUUGCUAAUUUAUGACGUGUUAUCAACUAUUCAGACUCUCCACUGUUACAUUCAGUGAUAAUAUCAAAUAUACUACGUAUAAUGGAAAUCAAGAGAGAAUUACACUAAACAUUUUAAUAUAUAUAGAUUAUUUCUUCUUCUUUUUUCGAAUACGAUUUUUAUGUCAAGGAGUGGUGAAAACCAUAUUUUGACGAAUUACAAAGCAAUGAGUUAAAAUAUGGUUUCCGCACAUCACGAGUUGACAUAAAAAAUCUUAUUCGAAAAAAAAAAAAAACCCCCACCCCACCAUGAAAUGGUCUAUUUAUUAGAUACAUCCUUCCUAGAUUUUUAUAUUGGUACAUAUAUUGUGUUUCUUAAUUUUUGAAAAUUAUCACGAUAAUAUUGUCAUAUAGCCACACGCGCACGCGUACGUACACACACUCAUACCCACGCACACACACGCACACACACACACACACACACACACACAAACACACACACACAACCUCCACCCUAAACAGUCAUUUUGUGACGUUAACCCAGAAACCGCCAGUCGUAAGCAGUGCGCACAGUAUAAACACAAUUUGAGUUUAAAACAUCCAAAUUAGUUCUUUUCAAAUUGGGGGAGGGAUUUAGCUUAGUCGGUUGAGUGCUCACUUGAGGUGCUUGCUUCGCAGGAUCGAACCACCUCGGUGAAUCCAUUCAGCUGUUGUUUUUUCUCGUUUUAACCAGUGC